CGUCGAUAGCUCCCGUCUCGAUCGGCUGGCUGUGCUCAGUGUCACCGCGAUUCGCUCACAUUUUCAGCUUAACAGUGUGGCUGUUCUCGUGUGGUCGGAUGGCGCGGUGACGCUUUGUGUGAAAAGAUUGUAAGACUCCUAUUGUCGCCAUUGUAGUUUGGUAGUCGGUCGUCCGCUGCAGACGCGCACCUCAGCACCAUGUCUGAGCGGCGCUGGACGUCUGGCGGCGCCAGUCCGGCCGUCAGUGGACGAGCUCACAUCUUCCGGGAGACCCUGGCGGUCACCGCCCGCGUCAGGUCGUCACAGGGUGUGGCGACCUCGGAGGACGGCACCGCUCGGUCCUCAGCCCUUCCCUCGGUGAAGCUGAACCGCAGCUCGGCGCCGUGGUCCAGCCGCAGACUCAGCGCCAACAUGGAGCGGCUGAGGGCCAAGUUCGGCGGCUCGUCCGACUCGCAGACCCCCGGUCAGCCUGCCUGGUCCGACCGAGAGCGGGAGGAUGGGCCUCCCGUCACCCACGAGGAGCCCAGACCGGAUGUGCUGCCCCGCUACGAGCGGCACGGAAAGCCGGCGGGAGGAGAGACGAGACCGGAUGUGCGCUUGGACCGUGAACUUGAGAUGAGAGGAACGGAAGACGUGCAUUGUUACAGUGAGUCGGUGACUGCUCGCAGUCACCUAAACAGUAACAGCAGUCGAGCUGGUGAGGCGACAGUCCGAAUGGUUAUGCCGCCGGUAGAGGUCCUUAUCUCUGGGAGAACCACUUCGACCGUGGAAUCUACUAAGUCACCAGAGCAGUCGCGCCGGAAUGAGUGCCGUGAAUCGGGAGACGAUGUCCCGGCAGAGAGUCAUGUCUCGCGAUCAGAACUUCCACUAGUUGAAGCUCAUGUCUCUGGGGAAGAGCCUUCUCCCAUAAACUCCCGUGUCAGUUCUGGAGUUUCGGAGUCCUCCGCCGGUCUUGCCGCGUUGGAGCUGGAGGUGGUGCCCCGUUCGGCGAGCGGUCGUCGUUUGGAGUCUGGUCGGGAGAGGAGACAGACCCGGGGACGGCUGGAGGCGCCGCGUCCCUGUCGAGUGCGGAUGUCACGAGCCCACCGCGCCGCCCAGGCUGUGCCGAUGAACGAGCGCGGCUCGGGUCUGCGGCCGCGCGGCACGGUCCAAGACUUUGACAAGCUGCGCCGCGAGUGUCUCCGCUCCGGUCAGCUGUUCGAGGACCCCGAGUUCGCCGCCGAGGACUGCUCUAUCUUCUUCUCCAAGUCACCGCCGAGACCGUUCGACUGGCUCCGACCCAGCGAGAUAGUCAGCAACCCUCAGUUCAUCUCCAGAGACGCCUCCCGGUUCGACGUACAACAGGGAGAACUGGGUGACUGCUGGCUGCUGGCCGCCGUCGCCAACCUCACCCUCAACAAGGACCUGUUCGCCCAGAUCGUGCCCGACAACCAGAACUUCGAAGACGAAUACGCUGGCAUCUUCCACUUCCGGUUCUGGCAGUACGGCCGGUGGGUGGACGUUGUCGUCGAUGACCGCCUGCCCACCUACAACGGCCAGCUGGUGUUUAUGCACUCCGAGGAUAACAACGAGUUCUGGUCGGCACUCCUCGAGAAGGCCUACGCCAAACUGCACGGCUCGUACGAGUCGCUGAAGGGCGGCACCACCUGCGAGGCCAUGGAGGACUUCAGCGGCGGCGUCACCGAGAUGUACGACAUCGACAAGGCGCCCGACAACCUGUUCCAGAUCCUCCUCAAGGCCGACGAGCGCAAGUCGCUCAUGGGAUGCUCUAUCGAGCCGGACCCGAACGUGCUGGAGGCGGAGCUCUCCAACGGCCUGAUCCGCGGCCACGCCUACUCCAUCACCAAGGUCUGCCUGGCCGACAUCGAGACGCCGCGCGUCAGCGGCCAGAUUCCCAUGGUGCGCGUGCGCAACCCGUGGGGCAACGAGGCAGAGUGGAAGGGCGCCUUCUCCGACUCGUCUCCAGAGUGGCAGUACAUCCCUGAGGAGUCCCGGCAGGAGAUCGGCCUGACCUUUGACGCCGACGGAGAGUUCUGGAUGACCUACAAAGACUUCAUCGGUAACUUCCAGCGUCUGGAAAUCUGCAACCUGAGCCCGGACAGUCUCGAAGAAGAUGACGAGGAGAACAAGACGAAGCGCUGGGAGAUGUCGGUGUUCGAGGGCGCCUGGGUGCGCGGCGCCACCGCCGGCGGCUGCCGAAACUACAUCAGUACGUUCUCGUACAACCCUCAGUACGUCAUCAACCUGGCCGACCCGGAUGAGGACGAUGACGAGGAAAAGUGUACAGUCAUCGUGGCGCUGAUGCAGAAGAACCGGCGCGCCCAGCGCAAACUGGGACUCGACUGCCUCACCAUCGGCUUCGCCAUCUAUCACGUGCCGGACCCGGAGAGCUCCCCUGUACCACUGGACACCAGCUAUUUCCGGUACAACUCAUCCGUGGCGCGCGCACCGAGCUUCAUCAACCUGCGCGAGGUGUCGUGCCGCUUCAAACUGCCGCCGGGCAGCUACUGCAUCGUGCCGAGCACCUUCGAGCCGAACGAAGAAGGCGAGUUCAUCAUACGCGUCUUCUCCGAGAAGAAGAACAACAUGGAGGAGAACGACCAGGAGGUCGGCCCCGGCAGCGUCGACGACUCGAUUGCGUCUGGACUGGGCAUUCGGGACGGCGGUCCCGGCGGUGUGAAGCCGCAGCUGGAGGAGGAGUCCGAGUACGAUCAGAUGGUCCGCGAGUUCUUCAACAAGAUCGCCGGCGACGACCUGGAGAUCGACUGGAUGGAGCUUAAACAGGUGCUCGACUACGCGCUCAAAAAAGAGUUCGAGUUUGAGGGCUUCAGCAAGGACACUGCCCGCUCGAUGAUCGCUCUGAUGGACGUCGACAACUCGGGCAAACUCGGUCUGGAGGAGUUCAAAACUCUGUGGAGCAGCAUCCGCAUCUGGAAGACAGUGUUCAAGCAGCACGACGCUGACGGCACGGGCCUGCUGAGCGCCUUCGAACUGCGCUCGGCGCUCAACGAGGCCGGCUACCGGGUCAACAACAACCUGCUCAACUCGCUGAUGCACAGAUACGGCGACAAGGAUGGCAACGUGGCCUUCGACGACUUCAUGGCCUGCGCAGUGAAACUGAAGACCUGCAUGGAGAUCUUCCGUGACCGUGACCCGGAGAAGACGAACCAGGCCAUCUUCUCGCUGGAGGACUGGAUCGAGUACAACAUGUACUCGUAGACUGGCCGUGGCCGAGCAGUCUCCAGUGGUAUGGUGGGACAUCUGGGCCAGCCAGCGCCGGGGCCCAGCCUGCGGACACCAGUGACAGUCCGACAGCCGUCCGAGCGAGCACAGCCCGCACCACCACGGCGCGCGGCCGCUGGCGCCGACGCACCCACCGAGACGUGGGCACUAAGACCUCGAGGUCCGAGCGGGAGCCUUCGUGCGCGCUGCGGUCUGAGCCGGACUCUCGCAGAGCUGGGGAUCAAAGCCGGGUGCCGCCGGUCGCUGCCGGCCGAUCCCCAAAGGUGCGCCACAAACGGAUAAAGACUCAGAGAACUGUGCGUGUGCUCGAGUGUGUGAGUGAGUGGUACUAACUGAUACUGGUCACAGACGACGAGUCGGUGUAAAAGUCCCGCCGCUGACUGUCGCGCAGUGGCGGAGAGCGUUCUGCUUGCAACACUUCUUCUCUGAACUAUGUGCUCGGCACCGUCCUCUCGGUCUCUCCUGUCGAGUCGAGCGCGCCUCCAGUUCAGUCGGGCGCGCUAAUGUGUCGUCAAUGCCAGGGCGUCGAUAGAGAGGUCCGGGCCGCCUUCUACAAGGUCACCGUACCGUGCUUUGGUGUAUUUCGACUCGUGUUGGUCGAGGCCGACGUGUAUUUCGAGUCGGUGACUGCAGCUGCUGAAUCGGGUGAACAGCUCUUUCUGCGAUCGCAGUGCCUGCCUGCUGUACCUCGCUUGUUUUUGGUCUUGUGCGCGAAGGAAGCUGUUAUGUUAGGUCAGAUUCGCCUUAGCUCUAAAUAUAUUUUGAAUCUGGUCA